AUGCCUCCAGCGCAUCGCGCUGCUGAUGGAGCCUGUGGUGUGGUGUGAGCUGCUGGUAGGGAUGUCUCCUGGCACCACGCUGAGUGCGAUGUCCCUCCCGCGUGGGAUACCCCCUCCAUUGCUGGACCUUGUGGCUCUGUGCAGACCCUGGAGCUUUCAGCUUUCCUGUACCAGUGAAAGUUAAGAAGUGGAGGAAAAACGUUGCUGUAUGUUAUAGAGGAAGAGAGGGCCACCUCUGACACACCAUGCUGGGCAAGCCACACUCCUCUGCUGCCAGAUGUGCCAAAAGCAAGGAUAACCAUUAGCCCUUUCCUCUUUAGCCAUCACCUGGGUGGGUGGCCCUUCCCACCUUCUGUUUGCUCUCUUGCCUGGCUGCUGUUUGAUCUCUUGGGGUGCCAGUGACUUUACAGUCUGCUGUAGUGGCUUGGGAGAUAACCCACAUUUCCUAAAUGGGCUUCUGUCAACAGUGGGCUGUGCAUGAACUGUCUGCUUCUGCUUGCCUCCCACUCACCUCAGAGGGGGCUUCUGUGGCCGAGGCACUGACAAGACAGUGGCAGGGACCCCCCCGUGCCCACCCCAUGGUUCACAACAGGAAAACCCUGCCCGUGACGCACUCCUGGCUCCCUGCACAGUCAGCACUGGCAGUGCUUGUGUUGCUGUGGUGCCUGGCAUGCUGCCGCUCCCCGCUGCGCCGGCCCUCCCACCAGAGCAUCAGUAAAAGAGUUUCCUGGGGAAUAUCCCACAUUUGCAAGAAAUAUUGGCUGUAAAAAUUAAACCGAUCUGUUGGCAAUGCCUCUCAAAAUAAGUCAGCACAGGUGCAGAUGCCAAAACUGCCUGGGAAAGGGGAAUACCAAGAGAAAUUAGUGUUUGUCUCCAAUGGCAGCUUCUCUCACUUAUCUGUAAAACUUUGGGGCAGGAACUUGCCUUGCUAUUAAUUAUUAUUUGGCCAAGAAACAAGUAAUGGGAUUAACUGGUGACUUGAAUAAACUACUCUGGGGAGGCAAACUAAAAGUAAUUUCAAGUAAUGCCCACAUGCUUCUUUGCCACUUUGGAGGUGACUUUUUCCGAGGAAGGCCUUUGGAGCCUAUGUGUUUUGACCCAAUAGGUGCCAUUAAUAAACCUGCUGCCUCGCUGGCAGACAAGCAGAUAGGGCCCAGGCAGCAGCCCAACAUGUGCUCUGGAAACCAGGGCAGGGAUUCUUGGUAAAAGGGGGAAGAUCUGGAUUGUUGUUGUUCCACUGGAUUACUGAAAUAAUUUAUUGCAAUGCUCCACCCUUAUAAUUAAAGCGUGGUGAUGAGAGCAACUGGUAGAGUAGCUUUGGAUUCAGAAGCGGCAUGUGCGUGUGGUGUGUGUGCACACCUCACCUUUGGUGUUUAUAUUUGUUUUUUUUUAAAUUGACUCCUUGCUUCUGAAUAGAGCAGGCAGCAGCCUCAGUUCUUAGAAAGGUAUCUGGAGAUGGACAGCUCCAGAGAGCAGGGAGACAGGCUCCAAGAGAUAAGGGCCAUUGCUUCUUGAGGAGCGCAACAGUAGCAGGGCCAUUCCUAGUACUGGCUGGAUGGGGGCCAGACGGAGAAGAUCUCGAUGUGAGCCGGACAGGGAGGCAGAGAGCCCCCGGGGAGGCCUGCCCAGUGCCCUGGGUCUCUGUGCUGCCAUCCAGCUAGCCAGAAAGGGCUGAGGGACUUAAAUGUCUCCUGCAAGGUGGAACAACCUGCUGUCCUUGCGUCCCCUGCCAUGGGAAGCUCUCAGGAGGACAGCACUGUCCCAGGGGCUGCUCAGGGUGGGACAGCCGGCUCAUGUCCCCUUGUGCCAGGGUGGUCGGAGACUCAGCCACAGCACUGGUCCCUAGGAAGGGCAGACAAACGUGCUGUGUGGGGGCUGUCGGGCAAGAUGAGGAGAUGCCGGCAGGGUGCCAGCCCCCGACAGGGUCGACGAGCAGUUAUCUCGGCUCGCACACGCACCCUGCACGCAGGCAGAUGCGAGCUCGUACGCUCUGUGCUGCUGAUUGCCUCACCGACAGCAGCGGCGCGGGAGGACGCGGCUUCCAGGGUGCGCUUACAUGAAACGAAUGGCGUGGGGGUGUGGGGGAACCGGGGCUCUGCUGUCUGGUUUAGCUUCUACUGUGGCACAAGCACCCCUUUUUGGGACUGCACCUUCGCUCGCUGACGCGCUCGAUGGCCCCCGUGGCGAGACUAGUGCCCGGCACACCGGCUGGAAUGCUUUUACCUGUAGUCCUACGCCAGACCUCUCCGGCACCCUCUGCCUCCAGACACGGGUGCGUGUGACACAGCCAUUGCCCCUACCCCCCUCGGGACACCGUGCCGGGGAGCUCCGGCUCUGCCGCCUACAGCCUCCCUCCCCGCUCGUAGUGCGUUAAGGGCGCCGCUGCCCCGUUCACGUCGCGGGCAGGGUUCUGGCCUCCGCGAUCCACAACAGCACCCUUGUCUCUCCUCGCCCGUGGGACACUCUCGCAGAGCAGGGCAAAUCAGGGUGCGCAGACCCCGCCGCUCUGCCCCGUCCUCUCCCGUCCCGCGCGGGCUCCGAGCGCGGUCGGGACAGCGGCAACCGCCGACCCCCGCCCGCCGGGACAGCCCCGCCACAAGGGGGCGUGGCUCUGGCUGCAGCACAGCCAAUGGCAAGCGGCAGCGGUGAAUAUCAAUGAGAGCCGGACCAAUCGGGGCGCAGCCAUGCUGUUAACAGCUUAGGGGCGCGGGGCGGCGCAGAGCAGCGCUGCUGCCUCGGGGAGCGGAGCGGUGCCGGGCUCCGCGCACCGCGCUCCCCCAGCCCGCCCCGGCCCCGCUGCCUCGGCCCGGCUCGCCAUGGCGGUGGCCGUGGACGAGAGCGCCUUGCCCUCUAUCUCUACUUUCGCCAACUUGAUGCCGCUAGAGGAGCGGCCCGCCGACAUGCUCCACAGGAUGCUACAGCAGGAUGGCCCCGCUGCCGUCAAGCGGGAGGAAGACGACCUGGGCAAGUUCGUGGACUUGGACUUCAUCCUGGCGCACACCAGCAGUGGCGGGCAGGGGCCGACCGGCCCCAACUACCCCCUGCCCGAGACCCCCGAGAGCUGUGGCACGACCUACGACAGCGACGGCUCGUACUCCACUCCGGGCAAGUUCCCGGCGCCUUACCCCGAGGGCCAGGGCCACAGCUACGUGGCUGAGCUGCUCACCCCGGACCUGCCCGGCCACUACGACCUGCAGCGGAGGGAGUACACGGAGUUGCGGGUUCCCGGCGGCCCCCACCACCACCCUCACCCCCAUCACCACCCGCCUCUCCACUCGGCCCUCGCCCGCCCACUGCCCCUGGACCCCGCGCAGUCCUUCGUGCCCCGCAUCAAGAAGGAGCAGCCGGAGGAGCGCGCCUGCAUGUUGGGGAUGUCCGCUGCCGAGUACCUGGGACCGGGCGGCGGCGAGCACAAGCCACGCGUGGCGCCAGGUCCCGGCCCGGGACCGGUGCCGCCGCUGCCCUACCCGGGAUUCCCCCACGGCCGCUUGGGGCCCCCUGAGGAGCCGCUGCCUGGCGCCGAUCCCCACCUCUUGGGCGACCUGCCGCCCCACUACGCCGUGGCCCCGCACCGCUAUGCGCCCCACUUCACCCCCCAGCCGCCGCCGCAGUUUCAUGGACAUUUCAGUGUUUUCAGGGAGCCCCUGAAAGGGCCGGGGCCAGGGCCGGGCCCGGCGGGGCUGCCCGGGUUGCUGGUCACGCCGCCCAACUCCCCGGUGCUGGAGUACUUCCCGGCCGGGGCUCCCCCCGAGGACUGCAAGCCCAAACGCGGCCGGCGCUCGUGGGCGCGCAAGCGAACGGCCACGCACAACUGUGAAUACCCGGGCUGCGGCAAGACCUACACCAAGAGCUCGCACCUCAAGGCGCACAUGCGGACCCACACGGGCGAGAAGCCCUACCACUGCACCUGGGAAGGAUGUGGCUGGAAAUUUGCCCGCUCCGAUGAGCUGACCCGCCACUACCGCAAGCACACAGGGCACCGGCCGUUCCAGUGCCACCUCUGCGAGCGGGCUUUCUCCCGCUCAGACCACCUUGCUCUCCACAUGAAGCGGCACAUGUGAGCAGUGGCUGCAGCCGGACUCGAUGUCCCCGGAGCCACCUCACGGUGUAAAUAGUGUUGGGCCAGGGAUGGCAAUGGGGGGGUUGCAGCUUUGGCCACCCAGCCCUCUCUGCUUAUAGUUGAUAAGUAGUUUUCUCCUCCUACCCCUGUGAGAGCUGGCCCAGCCAAGUGGUGGCAAAGGGCUGCUUUGGGGAUGUAUAUGGGGAGAAAAACUGCAAGAAACACCUGCCCAGGCAUCACCACUCAGCUCCCCAUGACCUGGAGGGUUCCCCCCAGCCAGGUACCUGGUGAGUGGGGGGGCUGGUGCAUAAGGGAUCUGUCCCCAGAACUCCUGGCUUGUAUUUGGCCUCAACUUAACCUUCUUUUCCCAGAUUCUGGCACUCCCCUGGCUCUAGGGGCUGUGCUGGCUGACUGGCUGUUUUUUGGCUAGAGAGUCAUGCCAGUUGGGCACGUUGGUUGUGGUGCUGGGAAAUGGGUGCUGGUUGUCUCAGUUGUGAUCAUCAGAACAAAUCUCCUGACCCAAAGCUCAGAGUGGAUGGGUGAGGGUGGGAUUUGACUGGCUCAUGCUAUAAAAGUUUGCAGGUGUUGGCAGCACAGCAUCACCUUGCACAGAGGGCAGGGAUGCUCCUGUCACCAGCCUGGGACCCCACUGGUCAGUCCAGUCCUGACCAUUCCCAGUUUUCCACUCAAGAGCCUAAAAUGUCUCUCCUGGCUCUUGUCUGCUUUAUUUUGUCUUGUUCUUCCCCUCAGGAUGACACCAGGUACUGCUGCAGCUGCCUUCCCCAUGCUGCUUUUUAAAAUUUAGUAUGUAAAGGACAGUGAGUCCAGCUAUGAAUACCCAGGUCUCUGCUAUACUUGAAACUUUUGUAGGAGGGGGGGACAAAAAGAAAGCUCAAAGGAAAAUGAGUCUUUUUAUGUGCAGCUUCUGCAAAGCAAGUUGUAAAUUAAACAAAGCAGUAAUAUAUAAUGUUUCUGUUUUUUUAAUAUAUUUUUUUCUUCCAGCUGGGAACACAGAUGAGUCUCAGCUUUGGGAAGUGCACUGUUCCCAUCUGUGUAUAUUGUUAAUUAACAUUUCUCUGCUUGGGCACGUUAGGUCUCUUGCACUCUGAAAUGUUACUUUUCUUUAUAUGCAAACUGUUGAAAUAUUGUGAUCUGCUGUAUAAUAAAUAAACAAGAUGUAAACAUGAAA